CAAUGCUAGCUCAAUCCCGAGUAUUGGCGUCCUCCUCGUUUAAGCGGUCGUUCAGCACCUCAUGUCGCCUCAACUCUCACAUUGGUCGUGAACCAAUCAAAUACAGCCCAGAGGUCACCCUUACACGUACACCGACCGCGCUCUCAGUCAAAGGUCCCAAAGGAACGACCGCGGUGCCUCUCCACCCAUUCGUCCAGCUCGACAUGUCGACACCGAACACCCUCUCCGUCUCUGUUGAAGACGCUAAAAUCAAACAACAACGCCAAAUGUGGGGGACGACACGGACACUUAUUGCCAACGCCAUCACCGGUAUGACGGAGGGAUUCAGUGUACCUCUGUAUUUGGUUGGAGUUGGAUACCGAGCUAGCUUGGAGAAUGAGGGCGGAAAGAGGAUUCUGAAGAUGAAGCUGGGUCAUUCGCACUUCAUUCACAUGGAGGUCCCGCCACAUAUUGGGAUUGAGGUGCCGAAUGCAACCAAGUUAGUGUUGUCGUGUACGGAUAAACACGAAUUGGGACUGUUCGCUGCCAAAGUUCGGGCUUGGAGAAAACCAGAGGUCUACAAGGGCAAGGGCGUCUUCAUUGGCAACGAACAAAUCCGGCUCAAGAGCGUCAAGAAGAAGUAGUCGUUAACACCUCCCCCCCUACACUUCCUCUUCGCUGUCGUAAUACUCUCGCAUCAUCUCACUUACACCACUCUGCAUAGAUAAUUCAGGAUCCCAUAAACUAGUUAAUAGCGAAAACGCGUCCAAC